CCCGUGGUCGCCAUGGCCACAGAGCCCGCGGCCGCCGGACUGACAGUUCCGUCGCUCGUGGAUCGUUACUUCACUCGCUGGUACAAAGCCGAUGUCAAAGGCAAACCCUGUGAGGACCACUGUAUACUACAGCACUCCAACCGAAUAUGUGUCAUCACAUUGGCAGAAUCUCAUCCAGUUCUUCAAAGUGGAAAAACAAUUAAAAACAUCUCCUAUCAAAUCAGUACCAACUGUAGCAGACUUCAGAACAAGGUCUCUGGGAAAUUUAAGCGGGGGGCACAGUUUCUAACAGAGCUUGCACCUCUGUGUAAGAUUUACUGCUCAGAUGGAGAAGAAUACACUGUAUCUAGCUGUGUUAGAGGACGGUUGAUGGAAGUGAAUGAAAACAUUCUCCAUAAGCCAUCUAUUCUUCAAGAGAAGCCAUCCACUGAAGGCUACAUUGCAGUUGUGUUGCCCAAAUUUGAAGAAAGUAAAAGCAUAACAGAAGGCUUACUGACACAGAAACAGUAUGAAGAAGUCGUGGUGAAGCGCAUGAAUGCUGCAACAGCUACAUCAUGA